UUCGUCUUUGUAGAACACAGCGGUACUAAGUUGGUCAAGGUAUUUAAGCUUUGGUAUGAUAAACUAACCUUUUUGUGAUUCCGCUUAUUAUGAAUUGAAUAUUUGAUUGAAGGAACAAUCAUAGAAUCAUUUGCGUGUUUCACUGAAGCACCUGUAUUUAAAAUCAAUGGCGGAAAUGCGAGAUGAUGCGUUUGAAUUCAAAUCAUGCACACAUAAGGAUGCAGAAGGUGUUUGUUUCUGAGUGUUUCUAUAAGCAACAGCAGAAUGUGCACAUGUGUUCUAUGCAAUCUGAUAAAGAAAAACAAAUAUUGGAGAUUAACCUGGGGUACAAUUAAGUUUUGAAAAAAAGACAUUUCGAGAUGACAAUUUCUUUUUAACGUUGUUAUUUACGAACAUAUCAUAAAUUCAAGUAAUAAAACGUGGAUUCAAUUAUCUAACAAUUGCGACAAUAGGAUAUACAUGGUUUACAACAAUACAAAAAAGAGGAAAGUCAAAGUCUUCAAAGAAAUGUGGUUUUGAAAUGAGAAUAUUAUACAAUACAAGUAAUAUGAUUUAUCAACUUGUAAUUUAAAACUGAAACAAGUUAUAUUGUUGUGUCGUACGAACUGAAGUGUAGCCAUAUGAUAUUAUACCGUUGACUAUAUUUACUAUACCGACCUGACUUACAUACCUAUCUAUUGAAGGAUUAACGGUCGGGGUGAUUUCAACGAUAAAUAGGAUAAUAUUUACAUUCUUUGUUAGGAAUUGUUUGCCAUAAUUUGUUUAUUAAAUUUAAUAUAUAUCUCUGCCACUGCUAUUUGGUUAGAGAUCUAGGAUUGUACGCGUACUACCUGUACGUGCCAUCGAUCAAAACAGAUUGACACAUUUACAGAAAUGGAUUAAAAUAUUUAAUAGCUAAUCUUAGCUUUAAUAGCAUUUUGUGGUGGAAAAGCUUGGAUUAAGUGGUUUGCUUUUAAUUAAUACAAUUAAUUCUAGAUGGUGUGGAUUGCAAUUCUUUAGUGGAUAAAAGUCAAUGAUGUGAAUUUACAUGAAAAAGAAAAUGGAAUGUUAUAGAUAUAUUACUUCUCAUUACAAAAAAUGUGGUAAACAAAUGUGCAAUAAAUCAUGUGAAUGCAUGCAAUAAAUGACUAUUUAAGUGACAUAAUUGCACACAAAGAAGCUUCGAAAUCCAAAUAUGAAGGAGGAAUUGUAAAGUAAUAUGCCUAGCAUUAUAAAAAAGUUAUCUGGACGUGCAAGAUCCAGCAAGCCUAUAGAACUCUUGUCACCGAAGCCUUUUGUUCCGCCGCGUCCAGUUCAAAAUGGAAACGUAAAUCAUGAUAUCCACCAGGAGCUAGCUGCUGCCUCGGCUGAAGUCUCUUCUCCAAAAUGGAAAGUUUUCAGAACCGUAAAUAAGGCUCCAAAAAGCGUUCGUGCUCCAAGAUUAAGAUACAAUCGUACACCUGUUAGACAAACUGUCGGAGGAGAAUGGGCGCUGAGACAAUGCGAGGAGCAUACGACGUGGGUGAAUGGUAUUCUGAAAGAGAAACAUUUACCAGUGAUCGGGGAUUUACGUAAAAGUAUUGGUGAUGGGACUACCCUUGUGAUUCUAACAGAGGGAGUUUGUAGAAGAUCGGUGCCAAAUGUUAACGUAGAAAUUGCUAGCAAAGAAGACCGAGUAUACAAUAUAACAAAGUGCUUGGAAGUUUUAGGAUCUACUGGAGUUGAUUUAACUGCUAUUGAUGGGGAAGAUCUUGCUGAUGGGAAUCUAAAGACAACAUUGAUGUUAGUAGGGAACAUCAGACAACAUUUUGAGAAAGAACAAAAUUAUGCUCCAAUAAAUCAGACAGAGCUCAGAGAAAAAAAGAUGCCAGGGGCUAUAACUCUUCCAGGUAAUAAUGGUGUGAGCGAGCCACCUCUAGGUGUAACAGAUGAAAAGACUACUUACCAAAGAAGAAUUAUAAUCCCAGCAGAAGAUCUUCUGCCAGGAACUAUGGGUAAAGAAGAUGUCCGACCAACAACUCCUGGCUUACCAGGAAUGCUUGCUUCUUCAACAGAGAUAACAAUGAAUGGUGUAUCUCAGUCAGGGGUUGAGGAGAGACGCCAACAACAACAAAUCAGAUUUCCACCCAGACCACACAGUGCCAAACCCAUCCCUUCACCUAAACCCCCAGGGAGGGGACAGGGUGUGACAAAUGCAUGGGCAGAUGUUCAGCCAACUGGAAUGCCAUUGAGUGUUGAAGAUAGAUUAAAGUCCUUAAUAACAGGACCUCCUACACCUAGAACAGCUGCCACACAACCUGCACCCUUUUCACUGUUUCACAGAAGAGUUGCACCUGCACAUGUAAAUGUUAAUAAUAAAAGUUUUGAAGAUGGAGAAUUGAUACAACCUCCACCGAGGCCAAAGAGUGCUAUACCAUUUGACCAAUCAGGCAGACCUUAUAAUGACAUCCCAAAGUAUGGUGGUAAAGGUCAACAAACAUACAUUCCAUCCAGACCAAAUGAAAGAUGGCAAGGUUCUAGAGCAGAUGCCUUGAUAGACAGACAACUAGACCAGUCGCCAGUCAGACAUAGCGGACCCCCUGACAGACCUUUACGACCAGGAGGACAGGAUAAUCCAGCUUUUAUGCCUGAAAUGCAGCUCAAUAGAAGCAGAGAAAAUCUAGGGCCUCCUAUCAGUGGAAUGAAAACAGGAUCUGAAUUAAGAGAUGCUUGGAAUAAACUAUAUGGAGGUCAAAUACGUCCAGAAUCAAGAGGACCAACAUCAUACCCAUCAGAAAAUCAACUUCAUGUCCGUCCAGAUUCACUUGGUGUUCCUAAAAACUUUCCUGAUCACCGAGGGAUCAUACAUACUAGGCCUGAUACUCAUAGUAUGCCUCAGGUCCGUCCAGAUCCACAUGGUCUCUCCCGACUAGAGGAUCCAAUGCCCCAUGUUGUACUUCCAAAUAGACUUGAUGAUCCUCAUAGUAUACAUCAAAGUAGAAUGGAGGACCAGCAGACAAAGCCGUCCAGUUAUCCAUCACAUUUUCAUGUGAAAUUUCCGUCCAGUCCUCCAUAUAAUGAGAUUUCAAAUAAACCUGGUGCUAGUCAAGGAGGAAGACAUAGUCCGUUGGGACAAAGUUCAAGUGCUGGCACACAAGGACAAGGGUCAAAUACCUCAAUUCAGUACAAUGGCAAUGGCAAUAAAGUACUGUCAAAUCAUGUGUCAUUUCAAACAUUUGGAAAACCUACAUCAAAUCAAAAACUGUCUGUGUCAUCAUCGCCUUCAUCGCCACAAUCUCCACCUGGAAUAGCUCUAGGACCGUCAUCAAAAUAUCCUGAUUAUGGUGAAAAAUCGGCAAAAGUGAAACAAGGAUAUUCAACAUUUGACAUUCAUAAUCACAAAGAUAUUGAUGAUGAUCGGGACAUAUUAGAUAUGAAAUCAAGUAUAUUUGAUUACAAUUCGGAACCGUCAUCCCGAUCUGUUACGCCACCUCUACCUCCAUUAUCAGCAUCUAAUUCAGAUUAUUCUUCCAAUAGAUCUAGUCCACAGAUAUCGCCUCAACUUCCACGUUCAAAUAGUGCUACUCAUUUGUCUUCUACGAAGACUCCAGAUUUAGUGACAUCUGCAACAAGAACUAACGGUGAAAAAAGAAUAAGGCGAGCAUCUGGAUCACAGUUUACGUAUAGGGCAGAUAAAAAAUCAAAACAGAAACAGACAUCAAAACAUGUAUCUUCUGGAAUAAAAGCUGGUAUGUUAAGUGAUGUCAGAGAAUCUGGAAAUGAGAGUGAUCUCCCCUUUGACAUUGAGGAUACAAUUUUAACAGUAGAUUCUCAUGAUGCAGAACCCAUGAAUAUGCAUGAAAAUCUGGCUUCAAAUGAUAUGAAUAGAAUGAGAGAUCAAUUAAACAAUCUGGAAGAAAUGUAUCAACAAAUGUCUAAUCAGAUGGGAACAGAAAAAGACAUAGGGACGGUAAAGUCCCGUAGACGAUGGAGUCUUGGAAGUUCUGACACAAGUUCUUUGCAAAGACCCAUAUCAAGGAAGUUCAAAUCUGGUGCUGGAAGUCAACGACCUCAUCAUCAUCAUCAUAGAGACGCUAAAGCAAUUAAUAAAAGAUUUCAGAGACUAGAAUCACAUGUGGUAACUCUUGCCAGGAGUGUAGCACAUCUGUCUUCAGAAUUAAGGUCCCAUAACUCUGUCACACAUGAAAUUGAUGCAUUACGGAAAGAAAUACAGGAAUUAAAAGAAGAGCAAUUUAUGGCAAGCCAAAAGAACAGAGCUGGAAAUUUUUAUGAAAAUGACUUUGAGAGAUUUAGAGGCUGGGUACCUUCAUUGACCAAUCCUAGAAGAGUUAAUAAACUGACAAAGUUUUUUGGUCAAGAACCUCCUUUAUUGAAUAUUUUCUUGAAGAAAUUAGGUUAUGAAAAAUACUCAGUUAAUUUUGAAAAAGAGCACAUAGGAAUGAUAGAAUUGCCAUACAUGACAGAAGAAAGAUUAGAGAAGAUUGGUGUGCCCAUGGGACCUCGACUAAGAAUAUUACAAGAGGCACAACUUUGUUUUAGACAAGAAAAUUUCAAUAUUUAUAUUGUGUAGCACAUAUUGUUAUAAGACAAAACAACCAAAUAUAGCAAAGGAAUAUUGGGAAAUAAACCUAAAAUCCAUCUAGAAAAUCUUGCAAUAAAUUUAUUAUAUGAAAGUUCGUUGAAAGUAUGAAACUAUUUUGGAUCCCUUUGAAUGUUAUCCUUAUUUUUCGUUUCGUUUAAGUAUUAGUAAAUAUCAUAUUUUACAGAUAAAAGUAUAAGGGUACUGUUAUAAAGAACAGUAAUGAAAUUAUUGAAAUUUUGGUAAGUUUUGGGACCAUUUA